CGUGGUGGCAGCGGCGGCAGCGACGGCACCACAGAUGAAGCCAAGAGUGACGACAACGAUGACGACGAACAAGACCACCUCCACGACCACCAGGACCACCUCCACGACCACCAGGAUCACCUACACGACCACCAGGACCACCUACACGACCACCAGGACCACCUGCAUGACCACCAGGACCACCUACAAGACCACCUGCACGACCAUCAGGACCACCUGCAUGACCACCUCCACCACGUCUCGCUCAAGACGCACCACCACCAGACCAGAAACGGCAAGUCACGUGAGGCGAACGGCGAGUGUGAGAGAUACACGGAGGUGGCUCCCCGCCGGACGCCGAGGCUGCAGGAGGCGCCGGAGAUUCACGAAGCCUCACUGGAGACGGAGAGACACAGCACCAAAGUUCGCGAAGGUCGCCGCUCCAGUAGACACUCUAAGGUUGUCGAGAAACCCCCGAAAAACAACAAUCACUUGAAGGAUCUGAAGGAAGAGGCCGAGGGCAAGUGGAACCAGGAAAACCGGUUAAAAACGAAGGAGGGAACACGGGAGUACGAGACUCGAACCAUCCUCGAACACAGAGUGAAAAGUGAGACUAACCACGUAGAAGAACGGAGAGAAAAGAAGGCUCGAGUGAAGCUAAAACCCAAGGUGGAAGUGAAGCCAGACACUGACGCCGUACAAAACCACGCCCGCCCGCCAGAGGCUGACGACAACCGUCUAGUACAAGAAGUGGAGGUGGACCAGGAGCUGCAUCUCCACCACCACCAUCACCACCUACAACACUACCAACAAGCUCAACAACAACAGCAACAAACGCAACAGCAGCAACAAACGCAACACCACCAACAACAGCAGCAGCAACAACAGCAGCACCAUCAGCAACAGCACCAUCACCAGCAACAUCAGCAACCACAACACCAUCAGCAACAACAUCUACACCACCAACAACCACCGUCGUUACCACUACUACAACAACAGUUGUUAGCAGAUGAUAUUGAAGUCGACUCGAACUGCCAUGUAAAUCUCGAAGUAGAAGACAAGAAAAAGAAGAAAGACGACAGAAGAGACGAGAAGAGAAAGAAGAAGUUGAAACACCUAGAAGAAGAAAACCUCUCUAAGCGGCUCUACGAGGCUCGGGAGGUGACGACGCUGGAGCUGCGGCCGCCGCCAGCGGACCUCCUCCUGCCCAAAGUGAAGGAGCAGGAGAGUGGCGUGCUGGAGGGUGUGGGCGUGAGGGAGGAGGAGGAGAGGCGUGUGGCUAUACGCAUCAAGCUGUGUGGAGAGUGCGGUGCGCGUCACGUAGCAGGAACGUGUCCGUUCUCUCGCCCCACCCACGUUCUCCCGGACACAUGCUCGCCGCCCACACACGACCUGCCGCAGCAGAACGGCGUGAUCGUAGCCCCGCCCCACCGAGACUCCCCCGUCAAUCUCUCCGGACGGGAGGAGGAACGUGAGGGAGAAACGUGGCGGGAUCCACAGCGCCCCGGCUCGCCAACCUGCUACGCUAGAACCAGCCUUCCCCCGGGCCUCUCCCUCGAACGUCGCGUCCUCCCGCCGCCGCAGGACAGCUCCGUCGAUAGCGACAGCGACGUAGGCGUGAUGGGCGUGACGCAAGUGCCCGGGCGGCAGGUGGAGGUGGUGGUGGCACGGGCGGCACUCACCAGAUACACUCAACUUGGCCCUGUCGUAGGAGUACCUGUCAGAGAGAGAGACAUACCUGACGACUUCUGCAUGGUCAACCUGUGGGAGGUAUUCAGCGGUGAGGGGAAGCGAUAUGUAAGUACGGUGGACCCUCGUCGUAGCAACUGGACCAGGUACCUGAGACCGGCCCCGGACCGCGACUCAGCCAACCUCGUGGUGGUCCUCAGACCAAUCCUGGACCCCAGUGACGACUGUACGGGGAUGGUUGUGAUGGGCGGCGUGGGUGGCGUGGGCGGCGUGGGCGUGUUCCUCAUCACCACCCAGGACGUGAGUGUGGGUCAAGAGCUCAUGUUCUGGGCCCAUGACCCAACCCUCGCCUGGUCCAGGAAGAAGAUGGAGAAGACCAACUGUGGAGGUUGCAACAUGAAGUUCUCUCACCCGCUCUACUAUCGGAUGCACUGUUCUGUCUUCCACGACCCAAACUACUCCCUCACCAUCCGCAAGUACCACUGCAAGGUGUGCGGGCUGGCGGUGCUGGGCAAGGAGAACAUCAUGCGGCACGCAGCAGAGCAACACGAGGGUCGCGGAGCCUACCAGUGCCAGUACUGCAAGAAGUUCUUCUUGCGGCUACACUCGCUGGACAUGCACGUCACGUACUCCUGCAGCCGCAACCCGGCCCGAGUCUUCCCCCUCUGCGACUACUGCGGCAAGAAGUUCUGCCAGCCGCAGCAUCUGCGCUCUCACCAGAAGCGCAUGCACGCAGACAUGGCUGAGGUGCUGAGGGAGUUUCAGUGUAAGCUGUGUUUCAAAGUCCUGGGAUCAAGAGCCGCUCUUCAGAGACAUCUGAAGGAAGUCCACCAUAAGGACCUGAGUACGGGAGCCACUUGUGACCGCUGUGGCAAGAUGUUCCAGAACAAGAGUAACCUGAAAAUCCACAUGCUUACUCACUCCGGCGUCAAGCCCUUCAAGUGUAUUGAGGCGAGUUGUAACGCAGCCUUCACAACCAAACAGUGUCUACAGUUCCACUACAAGAAAGUACAUGGUUACACCUGCGAGAGCAUGCCAACCAUAGAACGUUGUAUCCCCUACACCUUUGACUCGUACUCUGGUGGGAUGGUGAACGACCCGGGGCGGGGUAAGGUGCCCAACCUUCCCAGCCAGAACUCCGAUUCCCUGGGACAACAGCCCACGUCAAUCGCUACUCCAGCUGAGCCCCCGACCACUGAUGACUCUUCACAUAGUGCCGACCCUCCUCUCUCCUCCCUCUCUGCUAGUGAAGCGUCUCCAACCUCGAGAGCGGAUCUUCUACUGGCUGCUGCAGCCAAGUUACCGCCGGCAGCGACUCUGCAUGGUUAUGUUACUAAGUACGCAGCGACAGCUACUCGUCUUGUUAGUAAAGGUUCUCGCAAGUGGCUGGGAGAUCCCUUGGAUAUGCAAGACCGAGACUACGAUGAUGAUGCUCGAGAUGUUUAUGACUUUGAUGACCGCUUGGAAGAAGAGCUCAUGCAAAAGAGAAAGAAAGAAGAUGAUAUAACUGGGGAGGAAAAAUUAUAUAGAAGGGAGUCCAACGCGUCGCUGCUGGUGGAGGCCGCCCUUAAUGUAGCGGAGCAAACGAUGAAGAUGGACGGGCGGGGUGUGGGCAGCCACGACCGUUUGCUGGGUUACAGUGGACGCUACUCUCCCUUGCCACCAAGUUCGGUAGUGACCUCUAUGGAGCAGAUACUGCCCCAUGAUGCAGCUCUUGCAACGCACGUCAAAUACACCAGCGCUGCCGACGACGAGCGCGCGCACCUCGAGUACACCUUAGAACGAGAAUACGACCCUCGUGACUUGCCAGAGGUCAUGGUGGUACACGAAACGAUAGGCAGCCGUGAACUCAACGAGCAACUAAGCCACGACUUGCAAGACAAUCUUCAUGCUGCUUUAGAUCAUCUGCCCCCGACCUCCGAUGACCUGCACCACUCUCAUCAUCACUCUGACCACGCUCAUAAUCUCACCUUAGUUAAGUCAGAUGACCUCCCACCACCAACCCCUGCCACACCAGUAGACCCCGGCACGCCCAUGGCCCCGCCCACGCCGCUCAGCUCCAGCGGUGGGCUGGAGCCGACGCUGCAAGUGCUGGACCAGUUGCCGGUGUCUCAGGGGCUGCCAGUGUCAUUAUCCUCGUCAUUAUCAGUAGGUCUGGAUAUGAGUUACAAGCAUUACCGUCAUGCAGAGUUGACGCCUGUAAGUCACGAACACUGCCUACCAAGUCAUCUGGACGACUCUGAGGCAUCAAUGGGGCUGGACCCCAUGGGCGAAGGGGGGCACCUGUCGCCUCGUCAUGACCACCUGGCAGACCAACUGCCACUACCGGAGCUGCAGCCUCAUGACUUUCGAGGACUUCCCGCACUGCGUUCUCCAGAGCCCCCGAGGUCCCCUUACCUUUCGCCUAGCCCAACACCAGAUGCUCUGCGUUCAUAUCUAGUCACCACUGAUGGCCUACGCUCCCCUGUACACCUUGACCAGUGUGUUGACAUGACGAGAGCCAACCUCUUCCUGCGACCGGCGGAUCUCGCGAGUCUCCAGCAACGAUACCACGGGGAUAUGGGCCAUCAGUCAGGUCGUUCACAGCUCUAUGAACUAGAACGAGUGCCCUCACACUCGGUGGAUCUCAGUGUAACAGGGCGCACACUGACCUACACGAGUGAGGCUCUUAGACCAGGGUCUGUUUGCACGACAGUGUACGUGUCAGAUUCCCAUCCGGACGACCGUCACUCCCUUGAUCUUACUCUUCCAAGACAUGAUCCUGAUUUACAUAGAGCAAAUUCCCCCAACCCCAACCACCCUGCAAACCGCGGGGUUUCACCACAUUCCCAAUUCUCUCCGCACAACCAGCUGUCGCCUAGUAACCAGUUAUCACCACACAAUCAGUUGUCACCUCACAACCAACUCUCCCCUCAUAACCAGUUAUCUCCCCACACUCAACUUCCACCAUAUUCCCAACUUUCUCCGCACGGACACAUGUCACCACUUGUCAAUUUAGGUAUGGUGGAGCGAGGAGGGGUGGGCAGCCCCCCGCUCUCUCCUACAGCUAACCCCCCACUACCUCCCAUUAGCCGCAUUGUGGCUCCUGCAUCUCAUUCACCAUUAUUUACCUCGCGACAGAUGUCUCCAAUACCUAGACCUGAGUUGUCACCUUCCUUCACUACCCAUACACAUGGGGAAGUAUUUGUUACAGGGGGGGCUGUGCCUCUACAACCCAGCACUCCAGGGCCACCCCUCACCCCCACACCUCAGAUUACCAAAGAUAGAUCUUCACCCUAUUCUCAGUACCCCUCCUCCCCAUACCCUCGUCAUCAUAGCCAUUCCUCCCCACCACCAACAUACCAUUACCAGUAUUACUGACCACGGCUCACACCUUCACCCUCACAUUCACCUGAGAGUUGCCAAAACUCUUUCGUUUUUCCUUUAUAACCCUGAUAGUGUUGAACCUUCCCUCUCUGCCCACUGUUCCUAGUACUGUACCAACGAGGAUGGACCUUCUCAGCCCACCAGGUGUGGCCAUUAUCAGUACCAGGAUUGUUCCUGAUCCUUCUCCGUGUGAGUUACAACGACUGAGGUAUAUACCUCACUGAAGGCCAGACAUUCUAAUGGCGAUUUUUACUCAAUUAUUUUUAGGUACUGUCGUUCAUUGUGGGCAUUUCCAGUUUAAAUACCCAGUUUCAUAAUUUAUAAGCUCAAUUCAACUAAUACUGAUUACUCAAAGGUUUUUAACGACCGUGAUAUAAAUUUAACUCCUGAUAAGAGUUGUGCUUUUUAUAUCCUAUGGGUAAAUACUGUCUUGUAUUUGUGGUUCAUCUUCCUCCCCUCCUCUCAGUGACCCACAGCAUAGUCUUGCCUCUUGUCUCCUUUCCUCCUUCAUCGUUAAGGGCUGCCCUAUGUGUGGAGGCUUGCCUUCAUCGUGCCAGAGCUUCCCAGGGCUAGGGCUGCUUAGUGCCAAGGUAGUUCAUUGCUAGGGUUGCCCAGUGCUAGGACUGCUUGGUGCUAGGACGGCUCAGUACUGGCGCUGCCCAGCGUUAGGGCUGCCCAGUGCGAAAUGGUUGUCUUUUUUACGGCUUCUGAAUGAACCAGUAAUGUUGUGUCUGUAGGAGGACCUGCAAUUUCCUCAUGUAUUGUGUCUAGGGUCACUCUUUUUUUUCCUCUCAUUUAUCACAUACCUUAUUGUCUCGGUUGUGACCCUCAACUUUAAUCGUGUAUACAUGAUUGCCUCUUCCAACUCAGGGAGUGCUGUUUUACGGAGUUCUUUCUAGUGAUCUGAGAGGCAUGACCCAUGAGGGCCAGGAUGGCCACAGGGCAGUGGACAAAUGAAUUACUGACACACUCCUCCUAUGCACUCAACCAUAACAUAUGCAAAUGCAAUAUAUAUGCAAUGUGUAACGAAGCCUGGCAAUUGCAUAGGCCAUGUUUGUGCCCCAAAGCAAAGCCAGGCGUCGAGCUGAGUCACUCAAGAGGCGGGCGGGGUGAUGAUUGUGUUGUGUGGGAUAUGUCUCCCCGUAUCCACAGUGGCCCUCGUGGCUGGUGUGCGGACUCACCCACCCUCCUAAAAUGGCACCCACUGCAUCAAUCUUAUUUUUCAAUUUCGUGCCAAGACGCGGCACGAGAAGGCCUACCUAGCCUUCCGUGUGGUGGUCAGUUUUCACAGGACCCUGGGACUGUUGUUUGAACCAAAGGUUGCAGAGAAGGGUAUGAAAUAUGUUAUAAGUUAUAUAUAUAUAUAUAUAUAUAUAUAUAUAUAUAUUAUAUUAUAUAUAUAUAUAUAUAUCGUGCCGAAUAAGUAAAACUUGCGAUAUUGGCUUAAAUAGCAACACACUUCUUGACUAAUAAGGCAAGCGAAAAUUUGUGUAUGCAAUCAUUUCGCAAAAAUCAUUCUGAACCUAACGAAAAAAAUAUAUUUUAUUGUGUUUGCUUAUUAUUUAAUUCCUGUAAAGUUACCUAAAAUAUAUUAAGUUAGAUUUGGCUAAAUUAAAUUGCACUUGUUAUAAUAAGAUUAGGUAAGUUUUCUAAGGUUCUUUUGGUACAAAAUUAUUAAUUUUUACAUUAACAUAAAUGAAAUAAGGACUUAAUUUUAAAUGAAUCUUGCUAAUUGACCAAUUUUACCUAUGC